AUGAAUUUGAAAAUUCUGCCCCUGUUUAUAUUCCCAUUUCUUCCACGUAAUGAGGCAAAAAGGACAGAAAAUGAAAAAUUCUUUUUGAGUAAGAAGCAGGGGUUGUUAUUUCCCCCCCAAAGUGUGUACAGGUCAGCGCAAAGGGGAAAACACGGACGCUACCUCUUUAUAGGGAAUAAUAACAAGGAGAGCAGUGGUCCCCAAAAUGUAAAAAAAAAUGCACCCACAACUAUUUGCACGUUAAAAAAUGAUGGUUCUCACGUGAAGGAGCAAUUAGGUGGUGUAAGGAACCGGAUAAUUAAUUUUUUCAGGAGAGAAAAAACCAUGAUCGAUAAGAUAAAAGAUUUAAAUGAGCAAGAGAGUCUUUGGUUUGUCACUGGGUAUGCCAAAAAUCUUUUUAGUGAAAAUUCUUAUUAUCACAUUAUGGGUUUCGAGCACAUAAAAGAGGUGGACUUGAAGACACUGACUCGUUUGAAUAUGGUUCCCCCUUUGGACAAUUUGCUGCCUGGUGAUGGUGCGCGGAAGGACAAAUAUGUGGUGUCCGCCGCCUACAGAGUGGACAAGCGCGUGGUGCUUUACAAAAAUGGGCAGUCUUCGCCUACGGGGGGCACAGAGGACGCAACGGCCUCGUCCAGUGCUCCGCCCAACUCCAUGUCGAGAAGCACUUCUGGAAGCUCCGGAAGAAUUCCCACCGCCGAUCCCUGCAUGCACCAGAACUACAUCCUCAGCUCUUACUCCUAUUUCAUAUUCUACGUGUACGAUAAAGAAGAGAAAAAAUUUUACAUAUGCACAAGGGACAUGAACGAUGAGUGUUCCCUGUACGAAAUGGACAAUGUAGACACAGAAGACCUGCACCAUUUUCUGUACAAUUACACCUCAAGCAAAAAGGACCUAAAAAAUUUGGACGUCGUCUCUUUGAUUAAGAAGAACAGGACGGCUAAACGUGCAACAGAAGACUUGUCCACCGAGGAACUUUUAAAUGUGCACAAUUAUACAAAUAAAUUUAAUUCGUAUUUGAAAAGGUUAUUCAACGUGUGCUACAACUCAGACAUCCUCUUGGAAAAUAGAAUGAACAGAAAAUAUGAACAGCCACACAUUACCUUCAUUUUUGGAAACAUCAAUUUUUUAUUUAAAAAUAAAACCUACAUGGAAUAUUUAAAAAAUUUUUUUCUUAAAAAUGAUCAAAAGAAAAGUCUGCUCGAACUUAUAUUUAAGGAUAACAAGGGGUACAAGUUUUACGUCCAGAAUGACGUCACAGAUAGAUCAUCAUACGUUCUGAGGUGCACCAAAAUUAACAGGAAAAAAUUCGACAUGGUGUGCCAAAAAUUGCGUACAAUUUUUGAAUAUAAAAAUUGUAAUGCAAAGGGGAAGGAACAGGACGAAGUGGAGGAUCCUUUUUUUGUUUACGCGAAAAUUUUAUUUGAUAGUUAUGCGAAUGAUUUGGCUAAUAAUGAAAGAAACAAAAAUUUCCGUGGACACGAAAAUUACGCCCACAGGAGUAUUUACGUAAACAUCGGCUCAAACGAUUAUUUUGUAAGCGGAGAAGACAUCCCAUUUAGCACCGCUGAAGAAGGUUUGUUAUUCACCUUGACAAAGAAUUUUGUGGACAGCUUAGUUUCCUGUAUACAUGUGUGA